CACGCCCCCUUCAGUGAGGCAGAGGUUACGUUUGCCUUCCCUAUGUGCUUUUUCACUGCGGUUUUAUGACAGAUCAGCAAGACUAAAUACCAUACAUGCAUUUGCAUACCUGAGCUUAAACACCAAAACUGACUAGUGUGCCUUCUAAAUAUCUAUGCAUGCAUGCAAUGAGGCUAUUGGGAAUUAAAAUCUUACUUUCAGAUGUUAUGACUACUUUGUAGGCAGUAAUGGCAAGCUGUGGAGUGAAUACAUGAGUUUAAAAUGUUUCUUUUCUCCCCCCUCUGUCCCAAAUGUUUAGAUAUGAAGAAUACCUGCACUCUAAAGCAGCUCCAACGCAAGACUCAAGCCAGCCGCAGAUAUCCCAGUUUGUCACAAGCAGCAAGCAACAGUAUACGUCAAGCCAUCCCCAGCAGAACGCCAUCACACGUUCAGUACUUUCAGACCUGGUAAUUGAUUGCAACUUGCCCUUGUCCAUCAUAGAGCACCCAGGUUUUCGGCGCUUCUUGUCUGUUGUUGACACAAGGUACAGCCCUGUAAGCCGAAGAACUCUUACAUCAAAAUUGGAUGGCGCAGUGCUGGAAAAGCAAACAAAAUUAAAGAAUAGUCUUGCAAAUGUUGAAGAUAUAUCAGUUACAGUUGACAUAUGGUCAGAUCGCAAGAUGCGGGGCUUCUUAGGAAUUACUGCCCACUGGUUGGAUGAUGGAGAAAGUGGAAUAGUCCUGAAAUCCGCUUUGCUGGCUUGUAAUAGGUUCAGCGGUUCCCAUACAGGGGAAAGAAUUUGUGAGGAAUUCGAGCAAAUAUGUGAGGAGUACCAGAUCAAGAGAAAGCUAUUGCACAUUAUAUGUGAUAAUGCUGCAAAUAUGAGAAAAGCAUUCAGCACUUGUUUUCCACAACAUGGAGGCGAAGAGGAUGAAGAGGAGGAAGGAGUUGAGGGCGAUGACAUGUGGACAGACUUGCCAGUUGAAGACCAAGAGAGGGUGGAUCUUUUUCUCCAAACUAAAGCUCAGACAAGACAGCAGUGUUUUGCCCACACGCUGCAGUUAGUUGUGGGGGACGGCUUAAAAGACACCAAAAUAGCUAAUGCAGCUCUUGCGAAGGCCUGCAAAUUGAGCAGCUUACUCCACAGCAGUACUUCUUUCAAGGACAUUUUUGAGAGAGAGUUUGGGCAAUCUGGCAUUCCCUUCAGUUGUCACACGUUGGAACUCAACGCUUAGGCAAUUGAAAGCAGUCCUGAAAUGUGACGCCAUGAAGCUCACAGCCAUUCUUCAAGAGUCUGGACACAAAGAGACAGCAUUCACAUCAAGAGAAUGGAGUCAAAUUCAAGAGUUGGUGCGUGUCCUUGAGCCUUUUGCCGAGGCCACCGACCUCACUCAAGGUGAAAAAAUGGUAACUAUAAGUGCAGUGGCCCCCUGUGUCCUCUCCCUCAACCACCACCUGGAAAACUUAAAAGGCACUUUGUGCUACUUGGGGGGCUUCAUCAAAACCUUACAGACAUCUCCUCAAAGGAGGUUCAAGGGGAUCUUCGUAAAUGUGAAGAUGGCAGAAAACUCAUCAUCUGAUAGCCAGCCAUUGCCCUUCUCUGACCCACUGUAUCUGAAGGCAGCCAUGCUGGAUCCUUCUUUUGGCAGCAUGUGGGUGACACAUGAUGUUUUGGUCGAUGACAACACUAAGGAGGAGGUGUUAAAGAUGAUCAAAGACUUCAUUCUGAAAGAUGCAGUGAAAGUCGGCCCAACAACCCCACGCGUAGAAGAGGAGGAAGAGGUCCAGGAGACAGAGCCUCAGUCAAGCCUCUUUGCGUCCUACCAUAGCAAGAGACAAAAGAAGGAUUCAGCUUCAACGCCUCAUAUGCAGCUCACACACUUCUUGGAGAUUUGUAGUGGACAGGACUGCCUCCACUUCUGGACACUAAACAAGCACACCCUUCCGUCUCUCUUCAUGGUUGUGGUAAGACUGUUGCAUGUUCCUGCAUCCAGUGCCCCGGUUGAACGUGUGUUUAGCCAUGGCGGGGUGAUCAUGAGACCCCAUCGGUCACAACUCAGUGCAAAAGUUUUGACAAAUUUGAUUUUUUGCAAGUGUAAUGGCCAUUUGUAAUGGCUCACAACUGUCAGUUGUUCGGAUGAACAUGUUCUGAUGUUCACCCCCUCUCUCUCUCUCUCUCUCUCUCUCUCUCUCUCUCUCUCUCUCUCUCUCUCUCU